AUCAAACAAUGAUGUAUACAUAUACAGAUAUCUGAUUUCAAUUUCAUGUUCAAAAUUUUGGUCAAAUUAAUUGUGUUUUAGCUUGUUUUAAUAGCCAACCAGGUGGAAAUAAACCAAAUGCAUACCAAUUUCACCAUUAAAUCAUUUCAAAACGCAGUGUACAAUUUUUCAGAAAUUUUUAUAUAAUUUUAUUUGAAACGUAUUUGUUUUUUUCACCAAAAAAUCGGGAUGGGUAUUUUUGAUACAACAAAGAUAUUUGAAAUAUAAAUUCUGUCAAUAUGGCUUAUUGGAAUCUAUUUUUAGAAAAAUGGAAACCCACAUUUGACAGGUAUUUUCCUAAACUACACAUUGCAGUCACUUUCAUCAUCUUGUUAUAUAUCAAAAUAGUUGAAAUUAACAAAAAGUCUUUUUUUGUCAUGCUUUUAGUACUUGAUAGCUUUGAAUUUUCUUUUUUGGGCAAGGGUUAUCUCUCUUUUUACCAAGGAUGUAGUUCUCCUAAAAAGGAGGUAGGUGAAGGACAUACAAUAUUGAUAGCAGACGAGUUUUGAUAGAUAUUAUUAUACAUUGACACAGUUUUUUUUAUGAUGGAUUGAAGAGAUUUUGAUAUGACUUGCAAGUUCAGUAAUGUAGUAAGCCAGGUUGAGUGCUCAGAUGACACAGUUUCUUUGAGUAAUUGCAGUGAAAAUGAUAUAAUAAUAGUUUUGACUGAAUGCGGUAUUUUCCCCAACCAUAUCAGCAACACUGUAUAUGAUAUAUGUUCCCGGCACUUUUCCCAUCUCCUUGAGAGAAAUGCCAACAGAAGAAAGCGGGUGUACUGUGAAAUUCCACCACUAGCCAGUACCCACCCAGACACCACAACAUCAGACAUCACCAAGUUCAGGUCCAAGAAUACUAGGAAGAAGGAAAGGCAACUGACUUUUGCAAAUGUGGUCACCAUUAGGAAUAAAAUUGGCAUAGUUAUUCCUGUUGGGACUUCUGUUUGUGCCAACUGCAGACGAAGCAUAUGUUCACCUGUUCCUGAGGAGAAGAUUGAUAAUGAAGAAGAAAAAGAGAUUUCAUGUACAGCAUUCUUGAAUGAAAAGGACAAUCACAGAAGAAAUGUGAAUACAUAUAACAGCAAAAGCUUCUAUAAUGAUGAUCCAAUGCAGGAAAUGUUUGAGACAGACUCAUUUCCCUCUACAUGUGAGCAAGCUGAUAUGUCACAGCAAUCCAGUCAAAACAGUUAUGAGUGCUGUGGCAAGUUGGAAAGUUUAAACCAUUUUCUAAGUUUGUGUGGUGUUGCCAAUGUCAACAUACCAGUUUAUACAUGGGCCUCAUAUACAGAUAAAACAAAAAAAGGGUACAUUCAGAAGAUAAAAGAAGUUGUUCAAGCUGUCGUGGAUACUCUAUUCAGGAAUGAAACAGAAGUUGUUCUUCAAGAUGUUUAUUCAUCAGUUAAUGGGUGCAAUAUUCAACCAGCUGAAACUGAGACAGAUUGUAUAAUAGUAGAUGCUUUGACUGAAUCUUAUAGCAAAGCAGAGUCAUGGCAAUUGAAGAGACAGAUAUUAUCAGUCUUGUCAAAAACUUUGUCAUUUCAAGGGAUGUCUCAAAAGAUUCCUGGCAUCACAGAGUAUAGAUAUUACAUCGCCAAAAAACACUCAGCAGUUUACGGAUGUGCUUUACCUCCACCUAUUACAGAGCAUCACAGACAGAAAAUGGACCCACACAAGCUUGAUUCUUUUUUAGAUUUUAUAACAUCAUCCCACAUCAUAAAAGAUUUGCCAUUUGGUGAGAGAAAAAUGAGAUUGUCUAGUGGGAAAAUUAUUGAAACACCCAAUGUGAUACGAUGCAUGGCACCAGCUGCAAUUAUUCAGCAGUUCAAACAGUAUUGUGCUGAAAAUGAAGAGAUACCAUUAGGAGACAGUACAAUGUUUAAAAUUCUAACUGAAUGUACAGCAAAUGUAAGAAAAGCUUUUGAAGGAAUAGAUUACUUUAUUGCUGAAGGAGGAAGGGCUUUUCAGGAUAUCUGUAAUGUUGUCCAAGAGUUGUGUCAAGUCGGUGCACUGACAGAUCAAAGAGCAAAGGAUUAUGCAGACAUUGUUCAAGAAUGUAAAAGAUAUUUGAAAACAGAUUUCAAGGUUCACAUUUCUGAACUGGCAACUGUUCCUGAUCAUUGCAGAAUAUUUGCACUUAGCGACAAAGAAGAAGCAUUUAGUUGCUUAUGUGGUCAUAAUCAUGAAAUGGUUUGCUGCAACUGUGAGCAAAUUUCUGAAUUGCUGUCAUCAUUAAAUAGCUUGAUUGCUAACAGUGAUCUGAAAGAAAAAGAAGACUGCAGGGAUGAUUACCAAUACAAACUAUCCCAGGCUCAAACCAAUAUUUUCAGCUGGAAGACACAUAUUAUAAGAACUUGCCAUCAAGAGAAAGCCAAAACAGAAAUAAUGAACACCAUGGGUCCAAAUGACAUUUUGAUAGUUCUUGAUUGGGCGAUGAAGUUCCUCCCACGAAGGUACAGAGAAGACCAGAGCAAUUGGUUUGCUAAACGAGGUCUUUCUUGGCAUAUAGGUGUAGCUUUUCGUCGAAGAAAUGUUAUUGAAAGUUUAGCUUUCAACCAUAUUUUCAAUGGUCAAAUACCACAAGACUCGUAUGCAACAUCUGCAGUCAUCCUUGAUAUAGUCAAUGACCUGAAAGAACAAGACAACAGCAUAGACAAAAUCCAUCUCUGGUCAGACAAUGCUGGCUGUUACAAAAGCUCAGAGACAAUAUAUGCUUUGUAUUGUAGCAAGUUUGUAACUUCAUAUGACUUCUGUGAAGCACAGAGUGGAAAGGGAGCAUGUGACCGUACAGCAGCAACACUGAAAUCAAGCAUAAGGAGAUACAUUAACCAAGGGAAUGAUGUCUUGACAGCAACACAGAUGAAAGAAGCAAUAGAAAAAACAUCCAAAAAAGUGCGCUAUGUAGUUAAAGUAGUUGAAACUGACACUAGUGCUACACAUCCUCACCAGAAAGUUCAAAUUCCAUCUAUAUCAGCCAUGAAUAACUUUGAGUUUGUUGAAAAUGGUGUAAAAGUCUGGAGACACUACAAGCUUGGAACAGGUAAUUUAGAAUUGAAUAAGUGCCAAAGUAACACAGUCCCAUAAAAAAAUCUUGGGGAAUGAGGCUAGGUUCAAUAUUGAAGUAUUUAUGUUAAGUGUGCCUUUUCAUCCUCUGCUUUUUGUAGUAGGUGGUUUAAAGUAAAGGGACUGUAGUUGUGUCCUUAAAAUAAAUGGGAACAACCUUAGGUGUU